GUUAAGGGCUACACGGGGGAUCUUUGUCCCUUUAUUAUAGAGCAGCAGCAGCAGCAGCAUCCCGCCUCUGCGUUGUUGCGCAACGGGCAACAACGCACGCUGCGCUGGGUUGCUGUGUAUAGGAGGUGGCGACGAGGUGGGUGAGGGGGGGUGGACGAGCGGAGGGAGGCAGUGGGUGAGCUGAGACGCGUUGCGUUACACGGAGCGGAGGGAGCGAGUGGAAAGAGAGAGAGAGAGGGAGGCAGUGCGAGACCCACACGGUCAUACCAAGUGACACCCACGUACCCCGUACGAAGACUCUCAUUAAAGCGCCGUCGGACCAAACUUGAUCGGGAUAGAGUUUCGUUUUUGUUUUGCACGAGGCAAGCGGGGCUAUCGGGAUAAGAGGAAUGAACUUUUUGAGGCUGUGGGGUCGGAGGAAGAUGGGUUGCACCGUCUCGACGGAUGAGCGCACAGGAGCGCAGAGCAGCUCGCAGGGGCAGUCGCAGGCUUCGCGCAAGCAACAGCAGCCGGAGCAGCAGCGUGCAGCAGGAGAGGGCCACCAGCCGCCUGGGCCACCGCAAGCGCCGUCCGAGAGUCAGAGGCGGCUGGUGCGCGACUCGUGGCUCGCUCUGCAGUGUGACAUCGCUCGUGUGGGAGUCAUCAUGUUCGUGAGGCUGUUCGAAACCCAUCCAGAAUGCAAGGAUGUGUUUUAUCAGUUCCGCGAUUGCGAGGACCUCCAGAAACUGAAGAUGAACAAGCAACUGCAGGCACAUGGGCUGAGGGUGAUGUCGUUUAUCGAGAAAAGCGUGGCUCGGCUGGAGCAGGAGUGCGUGUUGGAGCAGCUGAUCGUGGAGAUGGGCAGGAAACACUACAAGUACAAUGCAUCCCCAAAAUACUACUCGUUUGUGGGCAUCGAGUUCAUCGCUACAGUUCAACCCUUCUUGCAGGAGAAGUGGACUAAUGAGGUAGAAGAUGCCUGGCAGUGUCUCUUCCGCUACAUUGCGGCCGUAAUGAAAAGGGGCUACCUGGAGGAAGAGGCGGCCAGCAAUGGUGUGAACACCGCCAACUACGACCGUGGCCAGGGAAAUCAUGGGGCCACUGCAAUGUGACUCGUGAGCUGCUUCUUCUUCUUCUUCUUGACGGCUGAAGAUGCCGCUGUGAUGAGACUCCUGUUCGUCCUCCUAUAAACAAUUGAGUGGAUUUCCUGAUUUAAAAAAAUUAUGAUCGUUUUCUCCCAAGUUGUUUAGUUUCUCCCCCCCCUCCCCCCCCACUUGCGUUAUCGGUGUCAUGUCCCCUGCUUCUGAAACUCUCGCAGAGCAGGGCACCGCCCCCGUGUGCGAGAGAACGGCAUGCAGAAGGAGAUUCGCAAAUGAGAGCCCAUCAAGCGGUGGCGAGAUGUGAUAUGUUAUCUGGCACACUGAGACCCCUGGAUGAAUUGCGCCUUACAAAUGUAAAUUAUUACCUCCAUCGCCUGCUAUGCAGGAGGCCGUGGGUUCGACCCGGACCCUGACAAUGCCUGUACAGUAUAUUUGGAGUUUUCAUGUUCUCCAUGUAG